AUGCCUGAGCUACAGACACGACUCAAGAAGCUCGCCCAAGAUGGCGACCCGAGCCGCAAUUUCACGGUCAAGAUGUACCCACCCCCAGAGAACAAGAAGUUCACCUCUCAUCGCGACUAUCGUUAUACACUGAAUGGCCCACCUCGUCAGAUGAACGAUGCGCUGAUUCGCAUGGUCAUUAAAGCCAUCCGCGAACUAAGCAAAGAUCACAUGCUGUUUGCAGCAGCAAGAAUAUGGCCACACAACCUGGACGAGACUCUACCCAUCUGGCCUGGACACGCUGGUGGCGCUGUGAAGUUGUAUGCUUUCACACAAUCGUUCGAGGAGUUUCCCAUGGCUACCGAGAUCCGCGUUGCUCGAGGUACUACGACGCUGACUACCGAUAACGUGCAGAUUCGCAAGAAGUGGAAGGGCAAAGGAGCUGACAGAGAGCCUUGGACUGAGCUCAAGCGUUGGCUUCUAGAGCUUCCAAUUCCUGCUCAAAUUACUCAUGGUACCGACAAUCGAGGUAUACCUCGUGUCAUACUCGCUCAACAGUUGUGGUGGAGCAAGCGGGGCAAGAGCUUUCGCCUGAUGUCUCUACCGAUAGAGAUCCGCCUUAUCAUCUUCCAGCAUGCCCUCGGCGAGAAUAUAUAUCCCCGCACCUACUACAAUCGUGUCACGAACCAGCAUAGGGUCAGCCUUGGAUUUAAACAGAUUACACCUAAUGCGACAGAGGAACCAAAUUCCGCUGCUCGUCCAGAGGCGCCGAACUAUGCAGUCUUCCUCUUAAACAAGGGACUCCGCGACGAGGCUCUGCGUGCAGGCUACCAAGGCAGUCGAAAACAUUUCACCAGUCACUUUAAUCUUCAGGAAGUCAUCCAUGCGAGCCCCACAUCUCCGUACAAGCUACUCAGCCGCAUCCAUCUUCACUUUAACCUCAGUCAUUACUUCGAGUUCUUUGGUAUCGAUACGCAGCCGAUUAUCCAGCACUCGGUUAGCAGGAGUCACGGAAGUAUAUUACAAGGCGUUCCAGACCUCAGACACCUCGAGCUGUUCUUUCCAAGCCCAUAUGGACCGGACCGAAACAAGACACCAUGGAGAAAUCACGUUACCUUCUCUCAGCUAUAUCCUUGCCAGAGAACCGCUGUAGACUGUAUUCUCACCUUCGCGUUCCCAUACAUCAAAGAUAUUCCUCAUGUACACCUCAUUGGAUGCAUCAAGAGCUGCACCAAGUUCAAGUGGUACUACAUCCUCAACAAGGAAUACGAACAACGCAAGGAAGACUACCGCACACAUGGUCACAACCACGAAGUGGAAGUGGCGACCCUACUCGGAAAGUCGCUGAACCAGUAA